AUGUACCCUGGAGAUAUUAUAGAGGCCGUUCCAGUGAGGCUAAAGCAAGUGCAUGUGAUCAACAGCCCUUCAUACAUCGGAAAAAUAUUCGGGCUUUGCAAACCUUUCCUCAAGAACGAAGUUGCUAAAUUGAUCAAAUUUCAUGAGCCGAAUACAGAGACCCUAUACACGGAUAUCCCCAAAGAUAUUCUUCCUGAGGAGUACGGAGGUGCCUGCGGGAGUGUCGAUCAGAUUAAACGUUAUUGGAUCAAACGAAUGGAGGCUAAAAGAAAUUGGUUCCUGGAAAACGAUAAGAACUGGUUUGUUGAAGAGUCCCUUAGGCCUGCAAACUGUCGCGACGAGAAGAUUGAAAAAUUAAGAGACUUGCCAGGAUCAUUCCGUUCACUCGCACUUGACUAG